UUUGAUAUGAAUGUUUUGUUUUGAUUUAGGUUCAACUUUCACAGGUGAAUAUAAUCAAAGUUAGUCUUGUGAGAUUUAAAUCAAAAUAAAAAAAAUGGUUUUGCACAGCAGUUGGCUGCUGCUGAUAUUCUGUGCUGCACUAAUUCCUAAUGUGUCCCAUGGCCAGAGUAGCGUUUGUUCCACCAGCUUGGGUUGCGUGGAUUGCUUUUCUUGGUGCCAAGCAAACGCAGCAUCUUGUACAACGUCACCGGCACUCAUGGGAAGUUACUGCAAGAAAACUUGCAACCUCUGCGCAUCAAAUAGCCCAGCUUGUAUAGCGAAAGGAUGCAACCACCGCUGCAUAGAAAGAACCGGAUCGGAACCGGUUUGCGCCUGUUUUGAAGGUUUUCGCCUGGAAGCAAAUGGUAGAACAUGUGUAGAUAUUGAUGAAUGUGCUGAGAAUAGCACUUUGUGUUCGGAUCCAAAUUUGCCGAAUUGCAACAACACUCUGGGUCAUUACGUUUGUACCGCAUGUGGAUCUACACCGAACAGACAUGCUUACUACGAGAGGAAUGAAUGCUGCAAGAUGUCCGGUGGCACUUGUGGAAAAAGUUCAACCAACGGUGGUCGAAUAGUUGGUGGAAAACGUGGUCGUAUUGCCAGGUGGCCCUGGAUGGCGUAUAUUGUAAUUGGAAGAAACCUUUGCGGAGGAACUCUUUUAUCGUCCGGUUGGGUGUUGACAGCAGCCCAUUGCUUUGCAUCUAUAAGAAACAACAACCCCAGCACCAUUAACGUCAUAUUGGGUGUUGUUGAUACAAUUGAUUCAGGAAACAUACAUGAACAAUCUUUUUCUGUUACAAGACUUAUAAUUCAUCCAGACUACAAUUUCCCAAAUAACGACCUUGCAUUGCUACAACUGGAUCGCGAUGCUCUGAUUGAUGCAGCUUUUGUGAAACCUGUCUGUCUUCCAAAUGGAGAGGAACCACCCGAAGGGGAGAAAUGCUGGGCAACUGGAUAUGGAACAAUAGCUUUUGGAGGAGUGGCGGCUAAAUCACUUCAAGAAGUUGAUUUACCAAUCGCUGACUUAGCGCACUGUGAGCGAAUUUAUUCCAAUCUUACAAAUCGAGUCAACAGAACAACGAUGUUGUGUGCUGGAUAUAUCACUGGUCAAAAGGAUACAUGUCAAGGGGAUUCUGGUGGCCCGCUUGUGUGCCAACGAUGCAAAAACUGUGACUGGUACUUGGCUGGUACAACAUCUUUCGGAAGAGGAUGUGCAAGACCUGGCUUCUUUGGAGUUUACACAAAAGUUUCAUUCUUUGAGCAGUGGAUUUCAUCUUACACCAAUAUUGCUAUUAAUCCGGGGCAAUGUGUCAAACCAUCGUGGACCACAUGGGGUUCAUGGACACCGUGCGCGUCAUGCUCAGGGUCGUCAUCUCGGAUCAGAUUUUGCGCAAAUGGUUCACCAGGUGAUCCUGGAUGCGAUGGGUUGCAAGAAGAAUUUCGACAAUGUUCUACCGUCUGUACACAACCAACUUGGGCUGAAUACGGAGAAUGGGGUUCAUGCUCAGUGACCUGCGGUGACGGGUCAAGGUCCAGAAGUCGAAUCUGUAGGAACGGAAACAUUGGUGACCCUGGGUGUCCUACUGGUGGUGAAACUGCAACAGAGGCAUGCACAACUGGAGUCCGUUGCCCAACCUGGUCAGCUUGGUCUGACUAUGGAGUUUGUUCAGUCACAUGUGGAGGUGGAACUCAAGAGUCAACUCGAACUUGUAACAACUACGGUCAAACUGGAGUCACUUGUGAUGGUCGAGCUACAAGAUCUCAGAGUUGUAAUUCACAGACAUGUCCACCACCAACGUGGGCAGCAUACGGUGCUUGGUCUGAUUGUACACGGCAAUGUGGGGUAGGUGAAAGAACACGAGUUCGAACUUGUCUCAAUGGAGCCAUAGGUUCUGCUGGCUGCCCGACUGCUGGAGUUUCUCAAACUGAAGCUUGUAACACACAAAGUUGCCCAUCAAAUCCCACUUGGUCAGCAUAUGGUUCAUGGUCUGGCUGUUCAGUAACUUGUGCGUCUGGAGUACGAACCCGCUCAAGAAGUUGUGUUGGUGGGAAUAUAGGAGACGCAGGAUGUGAAUCUGGUGGCCAAACAGCUAGUGAGGCAUGCACAACCGGAAUCCGUUGCCCAACCUGGACAGCUUGGUCUGAUUAUGGAGUUUGUUCAGUCACAUGUGGAGGUGGAACUCAAGAGUCAACUCGAACUUGUAACAACUACGGUCAAACUGGAGUCACUUGUGAUGGACGAGCUACAAGAUCUCAGAGUUGUAAUCCUCAGACUUGCCCAAGCUGGUCUGGAUAUGGAAGUUGGUCUGGCUGUAGUGAAACUUGUGGUGAUGGAACUAAAACUAGAACAAGGACAUGUAAUAACGGGCAAAUAGGUGAUAACGGUUGCAGUCCUGCUUCUGCUGCAACAAAUUCAAUGGCUUGCAAUGUAAGGAACUGCCCACAAUGGUCCAGCUGGGGAUCAUGGGGUCAAUGCUCUUUUACAUGUGGAAGUGGUACAAAAACUGCAGAGAGACAAUGCAACACAUUUGGCGCAACCGGUGCAUCUUGUGGCGCUGGUGCAGCAAGUAAAAGUGAACCAUGCAACUUGGGUGCCUGUCCAGUGUUUAGCGCUUGGAGUGGAUGGAGCACUUGCAGUGCAAGUUGCGGUGGAGGGCAACAAACACGUACUCGCACAUGCUCUAGUCCAGGCAACUGUGAUCCUGAUGCUUUUGGAACAGCUUUGUCUGGCUCACAAGCUUGCAACACUGAUGCCUGUAUAGGAGAGUGGGGUGUGUGGGUGAACAGUGGAACAUGUUCAGCUGCCUGUGGCCCUGGAGCAAUUCAACAAACACGAGAAUGCAUUGGGGGAACAGCUGGGCAACCAAACUGCGUUGGUUCCACACAACAAACUGCUGCUUGUAAUGUUGCUGCUUGUACAUGGGGGAACUGGGUUGCUUGGACAGCUUGUACAGUGACCUGUGGAGGGGGAACUCAAACUAGAAGCAG